AUGAGCAUCAACGAUCUCCACUAUCACCUUCAUAUCCUUUUCUUCCUUGUAUCUAUGCCACAGCAAGCUAAGGCUUAUAUGGCUAUCAACAAAACCUUCCAACUACUCAAAACAUUAGGGUUUUUGGAAGGGGUUUUAGGACUGUUGCUCGCAACUAGAAAUCCUCAAUUCUCCUUCCAAAGAUUUGACAUUUCUCAUCCAAGGCUCCAAAUGCUUCGCUCCAAUGGCGUUCGGCUCUUACGAUCGCUGCCUGCUAAAUUCCUCAGCCACGCCGACGACACUAUAUGUGAAGGAGUAUGCCAAAGGGGUUAUAGGAUAUUGAGUUCAGGACUUUGUAAUCCAUCCAGAGUUACCGGAAAAUUUUCUCCAAAUGGAGAUGAUAUUACUUUGAAGAACUGGUUGCCAUAUGGAGCAGCUAAUACAUAUUGGGGGACAUCUAGAUCCAUUCAUGGGUCAGCAUCAUUGGCUAGAGACUAUUAUGACGUUCUUGGUGUUAGCAAGAAUGCAAGUUCUUCGGAAAUAAAGAAAGCAUACUAUGGGCUUGCAAAGAAGCUCCAUCCAGACACAAACAAAGAUGAUCCUGAAGCUGAAAAGAAGUUUCAAGAAGUUUCAGUGGCAUAUGAGGUUUUGAAGGACGAAGAAAAGCGUCAACAGUAUGAUCAGAUUGGCCAUAAUGCAUAUGUAAACCAACAAAGCACUGGUUUUGGAGGCGACAGCGGCUUUAAUCCAUUUGAGCAGAUGUUCCGUGAUCAUGAUUUUGUCAAGAGUUUUUUUCAUCAGAAUAUUGGUGGAGAAGAUGUCAAGACUUUUAUUGAACUAUCUUUUAUGGAAGCUGUACGAGGAUGCACCAAAAAUAUUACAUUUCAAACAGAAGUUCUCUGUAACACUUGUGGUGGGAGUGGUGUUCCUCCUGGUACAAGACCUGAAACUUGUAAGCGGUGUAAAGGGUCAGGCGUGACAUUCGUACAAACUGGCAUAUUUAGGAUGGAGAGUACAUGUGGUACAUGUAAGGGAACUGGAAAAAUUGUAUCGAAUUUCUGCAAGUUAUGCAAAGGUGCAAAGGUUAUCAAAGGAACAAAAUCAGUCAAAUUGGAUAUUAUGGCUGGGAUUGACAACAAUGAAACUAUAAAGGUUUAUAGAAGUGGUGGUGCAGAUCCUGAUGGAGAUAACCCUGGUGAUCUUUACGUUACUAUCAAGGUUAGGGAAGAUCCUGUCUUCCGUAGAGAAGGAUCUGAUAUUCAUGUAGAUGCUGUCUUAAGUAUCACUCAGGCAAUUUUGGGUGGAACCAUUCAGGUCCCAACUCUUACCGGAGAUGUUGUUCUUAAGGUUCGUCCUGGCACCCAACCUGGUCAAAAGGUGGUUCUGAAAAAGAAAGGGAUGAAGACAAAAAAUUCUUACACAUUUGGGGAUCAAUACGUUCAUUUUAACGUCAGCAUUCCAAACAACCUGACAGAGAGGCAGCGGGAAUUGAUUGAAGAGUUUGCCAAGGAAGAGCAAGGGGAUUUUGAUAAACAGAGAGCUGCAGCUGCUUCUGGUUGA